UGCAUCAAAUCAACACCAACUUGUUUGUUCAACAAAACAAACAAAAACAGCAACUUGUUUGUCUUCUCUGUCAACUUCUGUCUUAUAGCCUCUAACUCCUUCUUCACCCUAAAUCACACAACGCUAAGAUCUUCAAAACAAACCGCAAUUUUUUGUCAGGUGUGCUUUUUCGUUAUAGGUUCUGAUACUCGAAAAUUUGAAAGGUUAACCAGGUGCUGCUUUUUUCUUGAUUACUCUACAAGUUUUCUGCGAAAGUCCAUAUUCUCGGGUGUCAUAACAAAAUUCAGGGAAUGCUGAAAGAUGUGCUUGCUAGCUAAAUACCCUUUUCCCGAGGCCAACGAGGCUGUACCUCCGUAUGAGGUACUCUUAAUCAUCCUUGACGAGAUCGGAUGUUUAUUCCAAUGUUCAUAUCUUUAUCGUGCUCAAGUGAUUGAGGUGGUUACAAUUCUCCGCCAUUGUAAGAUUUCAAAACUUGACGUCGAUGAAGAUGGUUGAGCUUUGAGUUUCUCGAGAAGCAGCUUCUUGAUAUUAGCGUUGGAUUGUACAAAAAAAAAGUGUUGCUAGAAAUGGAACGAAAUGGAAGUGUGCUUAUGCAACGAUACGAACUCGGGAAGUUGUUAGGCCAGGGAACUUUUGCAAAGGUCUACCAUGCAAGGAACCUCAAAAACGGAAUGAAUGUUGCGAUAAAAGUUAUUGAUAAAGAAAAGGUUUUGAAGGUUGGGAUGAUUGAUCAAAUUAAGUGCGAAAUUUCCGUGAUGAGACUUGUCAGGCAUCCGCAUGUUGUCGAGCUUUACGAGGUAAUGGCGAGCAAAACCAAGAUUUACGUUGUCAUGGAGUAUGUCAAAGGCGGCGAACUCUUCGACAAGAUAUCCAAAGGAAAGCUCAAUCAUGAUGAUGCUAGGAGAUAUUUUCAGCAACUGGUCAGUGCCGUUGAUUACUGUCAUAGUCGAGGUGUGUGUCAUCGCGAUUUAAAACCCGAAAAUCUUCUGUUGGAUGAAAACGGAAAUUUGAAGGUCUCAGAUUUUGGGUUAAGUGCGCUUGCCGAUACUAAACACCAAGACGGAUUGCUCCAUACUACAUGUGGCACACCUGCGUACGUCGCCCCGGAAGUGAUAAACCGAAAGCCAUACGAUGGGACUAAAGCUGAUAUAUGGUCGUGUGGUGUGAUCUUGUACGUUAUGCUGGCUGGUUUUCUUCCGUUUAGAGAUUCAAAUUUGAUAGAGAUGUAUAAGAAAAUCGGUAAUGCGGAUUUCAAAUAUCCUAACUGGUUUUCAUCGGAUGUACGAAGAUUGUUGUCGAAAAUAUUGAAUCCAAAUCCAAAAUCGAGGAUAUCAUUGGCCAAAAUUAUGCAAAGUUCUUGGUUCAAAAAGGGGUUAGAGAAGCCUAUUGUUACCGACACGGACAACAAAGAACUAGCUCCUCUCGACAUAGAUGAAGUAUUUAAAGCUUCCGAGAAUGGCGAUAAUGUUGAUCUUCCAAAACCUUGUAGUAACCUAAACGCUUUCGAUAUCAUCUCCCUUUCAUCAGGUUUUGACUUGUCCGGUUUGUUCGAUGAAAAAGAACAAAAGACAGAAAUGCGAUUUACGACCAAAAAACCUGCUUCAGUUAUCAUAACCAAGUUUGAAGAAAUUUGCAAGAGUCUCGGGCUAAAACUGAAGAAAAAAGACGGAGGCUUGCUCAAGUUAGAAGGUUCAAAGGAAGGAAGAAAAGGACGUUUAGGUAUCAAUGCAGAGAUUUUCGAGAUCACACCGGCCUUCCAUUUAGUCGAGCUGAAAAAGUCGAACGGAGACACAUUGGAGUACCAAAAGCUUUUGAAAGAGAAUGUUCGGCCUUCGCUUAAAGACAUUGUUUGGACAUGGCAAGGAGAACAACCUGAAGGACAUUGUUUGGACAUGGCAAGGAGAACAACCGAGCCAGUUUUAGAAAGAUGAACAGUCUUCUGAUUCGAGCGAAUCAGAUAUUGUUUUACAACCAAUUUCGUAACGAGUUUAUCUCUUUAAUUCUGUUUUUGUAUGCUUUUUGUUUCUUCAUUUUGUUCUUAGGAGUGUACACUGUCUUCUUAUCUGCAACUGUCAUGUGAUCAUUGUGGUUAAGCAUGUGUUGUAUGCUUGCUCAACUUGUUACAACUAUUCAUAAAUUUUCUUUCAUUUU